GGGGCGGGGCGGCGGGGCCUACGCCUGGCCUGGCGGCGGCCGGGCCGCUGGUUAAGUGCGGACGGGGCGGCGCAGAGGGGGAGUGGAGAUGGCGCUGCCGGCCGGGGGUAGGCGGCGGCAGGACCUGGACAACGGUUCCUUGGAAAUAACACAGAGUUUGGAAGAUGAUCCCCUACUUGAUGCACCGCUUAUUUCGUCUCAUACACUGCAUUCCCAACUGAGGCCAAGAUUUCAUGCCAUCCCAGCAGUUCUUCUUGCCAAUUUUCUGUUGCUAAUACAUGUUGCUUUUGUUGUUCUAGCAUUUUUAGCAGCUAUGUUUUGUUCUUACCCCAAUCCAAAUCAGGAUAAAUGUCCUGGAAACUAUACUCACCCACUUAAAGUACAGACUGUCAUAAUCAUUGCAAAAGUAAUUUUGUGGAUUCUGCAUGUUUUUUUUGAACGAUAUGUCCAGCACCACCACAGUAAAGUCAGAAGCAGAGGCUACUUCUCAAUAUACCGAUCAACAAGACAUCUAAAAAGGCUCCCACUGCUGAUACACUCCACAGGUAAUGCAGCCCUACUUUUGAUUCUGUCAAUACAGCAUUCCUUUCCUGAUCGCAGUAAAGUGUACCUGUAUCUUAUCCUGGGAGUCCUGGGCCUGGAGCUGAUUAGUUCCCUGACAUGCUUAGUGAUUUACACAGUGAAAAUAAGCAACUUUAAUCGUGCGAAGCCAAGACCUGACAUAAUUGAAGAAGAAAAGAUGUAUGCCUACCCUAGCCACAUUACCUCAGAAAUUGGAUUCAGGGAAAAUUCAAGUUUAGAAGAGAUAGUUGAGAAGCAAGGAGAUGUAAUAGAGUAUCUUCAGAGACACAAUGCACUGCUCAGCAAGAGACUAUUGGCACUAACAUCUCAGCAAAUCAAAACUUAACAACAUUUGGAAAACUGCUGCUGGAGCUCUGGAGGGAACAUGAGGUAACGUAAUAUCCAGACUAAUUUGUACAGACGACUCUUCCUCAGUCAUAUUUCAUGCUUUGAAAUGGAGGUUCAGCUGGAAGGAUGAGCUCUGCAUAAAUAAACCUGUUACAACUGGACACUCUGGCUCUCUUCAAAUCAUCAGUUCUGAAAAAAAAGUUCUGGAGCUUCAAGGAUUUUUAAUUCCUAAUAUGUUAAAGUUGGAUCUGAGGUAAUGGUUUAACUUUGUUCAGUUGUAGCUAUUAUUUUGUACUGUUGUAACCUUUAAGCUUCCAACUACCAAAGUAUUUUAUAUUUCUAGAAUACAAACCUUUUCUCUAGAAAAAUCUGACUUUGCAAAGGAUAUCUUUUUAGUUUCUAGUGCUCAACCUGACACUAGAUGUGUUCUGUUACUGAGUCCCAUUACUUCCAGUGUUAGAGAUGGUGUACUUCAAUUAUCCUAUACAAAGUAGGUGCUUACUUUCUAGAUUGGACACCUUUUCUCCGUUGUCAAGAAAAGGCAUGAAACUGUUGCUUGUGCCAGUGGGGAAAUCUGGUAUCCAAUUUAGGAUUUUAAAAAAAGUGGUGUGUGCCCCAAAAUGGCAAAUUGCACAAAGUGUGUGGUACAAAACAAUGUCAUGAUACGCAGUUGAGUGGUUGUUCAGAAAUCUGGCUUUAAAACCUGUAAGAGGGACCUUCAGGGCUGACGACUUUCCUGCUACUAGGGGAGUCUGUGUCAGCUAAUAAUCAACAAAAUUCCUGCUCUUCCAACUGAACUAACUUAAUACAAAAAGAAAAAAAAAAAAUUUGAGAAUAACCUUUUAAAUUCACCUGGUAAGUAACUGUUGAAUGGGUUUUAAGAUCUUGUUAAAGAUGUAUCAAUUACAUGCAUCCUUGCUCUUUGACUCUUCAAAACAAUAUCAACAUCUUGAUUCAAGAGCUAAAACGGCGUAUGUGGGGAACUGAAAAGCAGCAGAAGACAGGUUCUUCUAGAAGGUGGAAAACCACGAAUUUUUGGUUCUGUUUCAUGGAUUUAUUGGGAAGGCUGGUAAAGGAACCAUUCUGUUCUGGGUACUAUUUUGUCUACCAGUGUAGACCGAGAAUUAUUUUAGAAGCCAAUACCUCUGUGGGGAGACAGGGUAAUCACAGGUCAAAACUGGGAAGAAGGGUCUCAUGAGCGGUCUUGGAGUUAAAUAUAAGAAAAACAGAAGAAAAUGAAUCCAUCCUACUUUGGUUCUAGGGCACAACUUCAGAAAUAGCUAAACUGUUUAGUGUGCAACAAACAUGGGGGUUGUCUCAUUUAAAGGAAAACAAUAAAUAUGGGAGGUUUUGCUGCUAUCCAACACUAAACUGUUCUCCUUAACUGUUUUUUUCUUGAAAAUGCAGCCAGGAUUUUAUAGUACAUAUGUGAAAAAUACAAAUGUUUUUGUUUUAGAACUUGGGUUUUGUUGUGAUUGUGUAUAUCAAUUUAUAUUUCUAUGAAAAGCAGUAAAAUGUGACUGUGAAGUUCAUGCACAAUAAAUGCAACUAUGGAAA